AUGCAAUCACUCUUUCUUGACAGCAGUCCAGAUUUUGGUCCAGUCAAGUCUGAAACGAAUAAGGUACGAGCGAUUGGAGAGAUCACCAGCAUGACUGCCCCAGUAGUGCCUCAGACUGGAUUUCGUGAACGAAGCCAGAGAUUGAGAAACCUUGAAGAUGACAAGAAUGCCUUGAUCGAUGAUCUCAUCCGCCAACUGGAAACGAACCAGCAUCAACUGCAACAGCUGCGUUUAGACUACGAACGGGAGAUGAAGUACAAUCGAGAAAACCAGAUAACAGAAGACGCUUUGCAGGACGAGAUGGCGGCUAUACGCACGCUUCUGGAUCGAAACAACUACGUUACGGCAUUGAUCAACGGCGACGCCUUGACCUUUCCUAAAGAACUCUGGAGCAGAGGUGAACAAGGUGGAUUGGAAGCUGUUGAGGCCUUGAGAGAUUCGCUCAAAAGCUUUUCCAGGGACAGUUUACCACAUCUCGAUACAAUUAACAUACAUGCGAAGCUAUUCUUGAAUGUUCGGAGCCUAGCUGAUACAUUGCUACGGCUGAAGUUCGUCGACAAUUUUGCAAUGGUCGAAAGCUUUUUGAGAGGUUUAAUGAGCUCGGACUUGCUGUUCGAUGUUUUUGAUACUAGCCUGACCAAGACUUUGACUUGCCAGAAGAUCAGAGAAAGCUAUCAUCACGAUUUUGUCAAUGUACACUGCCACCAAAUCUUCUUGGCAACACUAUCGAGUGAUGACCUCAGCUCUUUACUUGACGAGAGCCCAGAUAUUCCUGUCCAUGAGCGGGUCACUCUAUUGGAACCGAAAAACAUGAGCAUGGCGGAUAAGUUCAGCCAAGAGGUUCAGAGCAUAAAAAUGGACACUCUGCUCAUGAAAUUACCAAGCGAAACUCCUUCAAGACAACCUCCUCCUGCCAAAAUGGCGACUCCGGUCCUGGCGAGGAUCGAGUCUACUUCGAGCACGAGGACUAUGAACACUGGUCCGAGCUCGUCAUUAAGUACUCCAGUUUUAUCAUGGGCAGCCAUGACUGCGCAACCUUUUGUGCCCAGACCAGGUGAGGAUCGAUCUGCUACAUCCACGCCUCUGUCAUUAAGAAGCCCGCCACUAGCCAAGGCUCUUCCACUAAAAUCUGUGGCGAGGAACAAACAUGGUCAACGUGUGGACAAAGUCGAUGACAGCAUACCAUACCAAGAGCUGCAGCGCAUCAAGAAGAUGAAACUGUGCAACAUAUACUAUCUAACGGGAAAGAAUGCAUGUGAUGGCAGUUGUAAUCACUCUCACACCUACCCGCUGAAGUCGCAUGAGAAGAGCAUCUUGAAAGAAGUCGGUGGGUUGCCCCUAACUGAGUCCAUGCCGGAAACUUUUGCUAACACUCUAUUUACAGCUCGCAUGACACCCUGUUACUACAAGCUUGAGUGUGACGACCCCGAAUGUAUUUAUGGCCAUCGGUGCCCGCAGAGCAAACCCGGUAGAAACGACUGCUUCUAUAAACAAGAUUGCAGAUUCACUGGAUGGGGUCAUGGAAUUGACGACAAGGUUGUGAAAGUACAAAACGUGAAAUAG